GGUGCAGGGUGUGCAAUAAUAGAAUUGGUCGACGUUCAGCCAUUCAGAGGAAUUUGCCGAAACUUUGAAUAGAAAUAUAUCGCGCAAUAAUAUGAACUGUGAUCGAACAACAUAAAUUGUUGGUACCAGGUAUGUCUUCAAUUUUGCUUAUAAAUUCGCACUCUAUCAGUCAGGUUUGUGCAGGCUGAAAUUUGGAGGAGAGAUUUUUAGUUGGGAGUAUUGGAAUUGCAUUAAUGGAGGACACAAUGGCUAGAGAAAUCAAAGUGCGUGUGGUUUGGAGGGGCAAGACCUUGGAAUUAACAGAGAAAGCAGGAUGCACUGUAGGGGAAUUAGGUGUGAAACUGAAGGAAUUGACCAAUGUUAAACCCGAAACCAUGCGACUGCUUGUUCCCCAGAGCAAACAGUCGGGUUCGGUAUCUCUUGUUCCUUUCUCAGAUAACCAUGGAAAUGUGCGUCUGGCAGAAACGGGUAUUACUGAGGGUCGAACUGUUAGAAUGAUGGGGGUGUUUUCAGCAGAAGUUGAGGAGGUUUCUCACUCUACAAAGUCUGAUCAGAGGAUAGUUGGUUUUUCUGAGGAGGAGAGGAAAGCAAAGCAACUCAGGGCAAAUGCACACGGGGUUCCUCGGAAGUUGCCUCCAGGGCCUUACAUUUUCAGCAGCUUUCGUACCCUUCAGCUUCCUGGGAUUGAGUUAAACCCUCCUGCAGCGAAGGCACUAGCAAUCAUGCAUACACUUGCCAGUGAUCCAGGCAUAGUUGCUAUCAUGAAUAAGCAUCAUUGGCAUGUAGGAAUCAUGACAGAGAUGGCACCAGAGGGGUACGUAGGGAUCAGUCCUAAAUGUAUUCUAGGAUUUAACAAGAAUCAUGGAGAGGAAAUAUCAUUACGGCUAAGAACAGAUGAUCUUAAGGGCUUCAGGAAGUAUGAGAGCAUUAAAAAAACUUUACUGCAUGAACUUGCUCAUAUGGUGCACUCAGAACAUGAUGCAAACUUCCAUGCUUUAGAUAAACAGUUGAAUGAAGAAGCUAUUGCAUUGGAUUGGACAAAAUCACGUAGCAGGACACUGAAUGGAUCGAGGAAGACAUAUGAUACAGACGAGUUCGAUUCUUUUGAUGAGACAUAUAAUAUUCAUAAGCUUGGAGGAAAUCCUUUGCAUGUAUUUGUAGAAGCUCGUGGUUCUGCAGUAGCUGCAGCACUUAGUCGUGUUAGAAAUUCUAAUGUGAUUGGGGUUGAUGUAGCUUAUUCAGAACCAGAUCCAGAUGAUAGAGAGUCAAAUGAUUGCAUAAUGCAGAACCUUGAUGCUGAUCAGAAAAUGUGGGAAGAACCCGAUCCAGAUAGUUCGCAAGAUUGUGUCAAUAUUGUUCAAUCUGAAACCAUUGUUGAACCUGAUCCUGAUGACUGUUUAGAUGAUCAUGCUAUGGUUGGAUCUGAUCUCAAUGACUGUCUAGAAAUUGAUGUGAGGGAAGAGCCAGAUCUGGAUGACUGCCUAGAAGUUGAUGCCAUGACUGAACAUGAUCCUGCCAAUUAUUGGAAAAGUGAAAUUAUGGCCAAACCAGAUCCUGAUGACCAUGUGAUAGGUGAAACUAUGGCCGAACCUGAUCCUGAUCAGCUGAAAAGUGAAAUUAUGGUUGAACCUGAGCCUGAUGACCACAUGAAAAGUGAAACUAAGGCUGAACCUGAUCCUGAUGACCACAUUAAAAGUGAAACUAUGGCUGAACCUGAUCCUGAUGACCAUCUGAAAAGUGAAAUUAUGGCUGAACCUGAUCCUGAUGACCACAUGGAAAGUGAAACAAUGGCUGAACCUGAUCCUGAUGACCAUUUGAAAAAUGAAAUUAUGGCCGAACCUGAUCCUGAUGAUGACCACAUGAAAAGUGAAACUAUGGCUGGACCCAAUCCUGAUGAUCAUGGGCAAAGUGAAACUAUAGCGGAACCUGAUCCUGAUGAUUGUCAACAAAGUAAAACUAUGGCUGAACCUGAUCCUGAUGAUUGUCAAGAAAGUAAAACUCUGGCCGAACCUGAUCCUGAUGACUCUCAAAAAAGUGAAACUAUGGCUGAACCUGAUCCUGAUGAUUGCCAGCAGGGCCCUCCUGGUAGUAUACUGAAAACUGUUGUUGAACCUGAUCCUAAUGAUUGCCAAAAAAGUAAAACUAGAACUGAACCAGACCCAGAUGAUUCAGUCAAAAACAAUUUGCAUGAGAGUUCUCCUAUUGAAAUGCGUCAUGAAAAUAUUGACUCUAGCCCAACCAUAACUGUUGGAAUUGACAGUGCAGAUUUGAGAUUAAUUGAAGAAUCCACAUCUGCUACAUGUGUGCGUCUUCAAGAAGCCAUACAAAGGCUUAAAAACCAGGUGUCACCUCUUGAGUUUUCUUCUGUAAUCCGGACAUUGUUCACAAUUCUAAGGAAUAUAAUGGAACAUCCAAAUGAAGCAAAAUUCAAACGCUUGCGCAAGGCCAAUCCCACCUUUCAGCGAAGCAUUCUGAAAUAUGAAGCUGCUCUGGAAGUGCUACUGGCUGUGGGAUUUUCUGAGGAUAAAAUAUCUAAUGAGCUUGGAGCAAUGGAAGCUUGGUUGGUUUUGAAAAGGAACGAUCCUGGAUUGUUGUGGCUUGCGAGGUCCUCUUUGGAGAUCUGCAGUGCAUGAUAUGAUAUAACUGGCACUUCAUAUUAGAAGUCUCAGUUCUAAAAAUGAUUAGCAUCUGUAGUUUUCAGAAAGAAUGAUUCUUAGCCGUUGUGGCUUUACCUGUUCCUCUUUGGAGGUCUGGACUGAAUGAUAGAAUAUUAUUAUCUCUGUAAUGUAAGUCUCAGUUGUCAGGAAAAACUGUGUAAGUAGAGAUUUAGAUGACCAUCUUUACAUUUUCCAGACACAACUUAAGAUUUACAGAAAUACAUACUCUCAGAUGAACAGAUACCAUGAGACAACCAGGGAUCUAGAUUAGCAUCUGUAGUUUUCAGGAAGAAUGAUUCUUAGCUGUUGUGGCUUUACCUGUUCCUCUUUGGAGGUCUGGACUGAAUGAUAGAAUAUUAUUAUCUCUGUAAUAUAAGUCUCAGUUAUCAGGAAAAACUGUGUAAGUAGAGAUUUAGAUGACCAUCUUUACAUUUUCCAGACACAUAAUUUAAGAUUUAUAGAAAUA